GACUAGGAAUAACUCCCCUGCCCGUUCAAGAUAGCAUCUCUACUUUUAUCCCUUUUCCAUUUAGGCAUCAUCGGCACGCUGUCUAGGAGUUUCCGAUGUGUUUCCCACUACGUUUUCUCACCGGUCACCGUAUGAAGAUCCCAAGUUUCUUUUGCCCUGACCGAAGCAGACAAGCUGCAUAGGAAUAUCGGCCGUACGAAAAUACUUAGCCAAUGACGGGAUAAGUCCGAUACCAAUUUCCCGAUUACUCUAUACUCUCGUAAUCUCUGAAGCGCUCGCUCAAGAAUUAACUUAUCACCGAGCCCAAGCGUAGAAGUCAAGUGAUUGUCUUCGAGAACCUUGUUAACUCCUGUUUGCUUGACGAUACCACGCUGAGAAAUACUUGCGAUGCCGAUUUUAGAUCGGUACUAAUCGGUGUCGCGUUUUUUCUAAAAUCCGGGGCUGGAAGCAAGAAAAGGGAUGUCGCCCGUUAUCAAACGCGGAUUAAUAAGUCGUAUUAUAAAUGCUAAUGGGUUAAGCUCGUCGCAUUUAAAACACUUCCCCACGUCCGCUCCGGACUUCUUUCUGUCCGUUCAACAUCCUAACUUGCCAAUAUGUCGAAACCCCUUAUUUCUAAUCCUACGAUCCCCUUGGACUCACUUAUACUCGUUACGGGAGCCAAUGGACUGAUUGCAUCAACUAUUGCAGACCAGCUCUUGUUCGCUGGGUACCGAGUUCGAGGUACUGUUCGGAACAGAGCUAAGAAUGCGUGGCUUGCGUCUGUGCUCACAGCUCGGCAUGGCUCCGACCGCUUCGAGCUAGUUGAGAUACCAGAUUUGACAGUAACCGGCGUGUGGACUCCGGUCGUUAAAGGAGUUGCUGGUAUCGCACAUGUUCUCGGAGCAUUGGAUGGAGCCGCCAAAGAUAGCGACAAAGCGAUAGAGGCGGAAUUGCCAUGGCAUAUUGCUCUCCUCGAAGCCGCUACCUCGGAGCCGAACAUGAAAUCAUUCGCUUUGACAAGUUCAGCUUGGGCGGCGUGGACUCCUGAUGCAAGUGUAAAGAGUGUGUUGACUAAGUGGACAUGGAAUGACUCCGCCGUCCAGUUGGCGAGAAGUGACGCAACUCCACAGCAGAAAGGCUUCGCACCGUGGAUGGCACAAAAGACCCUCUACGAACAGAAGCUAUGGGAAUGGGUUCGAAAAAACCAAGAUAGAAUACCAUUCACGUUCAAUAGUAUUCUACUAGACACUGUCAUAGGCCAUUGCUUGCAUCCAAAGGAACAAGGUAUUCCGUCCAGUACGGGUAUGGUUGGCUGGGCAUACGAAAAGUCCCACUUGGAUUUCUUAGGCGGGAUGCAACCUCAAUGGUAUAUUGACACUAUUGACACCGCUUUGCUCUAUGUGGCGGCCUUGACCACUCCUGGUGUCAAUGGGGAACGGCUUUAUGGCUUCGGUGCCCGCUAUAGUUGGCCCAAAGUCACGGAAAUCUUGAAGAAUCUGUAUCCCGAGAAAGACAUUACGAUAAUGGAGUAUAACGGCUGGGACCAGACUAAAAUUCCGAACCAGAGGGCUGAAGAACUACUGCGCGGGGUAAAAGGAGCUGGGUGGACUAGUCUUGAAGAAAGUGUCCAGGCGGCAGCCAAAUGUUUAGGUAUAUAAAAAGCAACACGUAUCAACCUUAGUAUUUGAGGUUAGGUGUCGGGGUGUCUAGGUAGCUAGACCAUUUGUACCUAGGUAGGUAUCAUUAUGUACACCAGAUUGUCACGAGGAUCUCAGUCGGCAAACUAAUUAACAGGUGAUUGCUCAUUUUUCUGAAAUUUUAGGUAUAUACGUACAAUAACCAGCCAGCAGCGAGGUCCCUAUGAAUCAGCGGGCUUAUAACCCACUAGGUACGCCCACAUCUAUGGUAUGCAUGAGCGGCUCGGGAAUCCUACUCGUGUAACCACCCAUUACGUUAGGUUACCUACCUGCUGCCUACAUGUACUUAGAUGGCCCUCUGCAGUUUUAGUCCCAGGUUUCAUGACAUCUAUUAUCGAAGUAAUCAUCUCAUUAAUCCAAAUUACCGA